UUGGUACAUCCCUGAACGCUGUCCCAAAUGCUCUGAUUGAAAGGCAUCCUCUUUCUCAGAGGGAUGGCUCGCUCGCAGGUUAGCAUGAACAUGUAACUACCGAGUUGAGUAUUUACAAUGCUAUAGUAGCAAUUCCCGCCGCCGAACAAGUGUUCAUUGACCAGCAAGACCUUCUUGGACCAGAAAAUCGGCACAUCACAAUUUCAACGAGUACAAAGUACGGACGGAGUACGUGCGUAUCAUUUCGGUCUUGGAAAUCUAGACCACAAGAGUCAUGACAACGCUGGUUUCAUCAUCCUGAAGGAUCCGGAACAAGUGCUGUUGGACAAGCCAGGACGGACCAGUGGCUCAGCGAGCUAGAAUCGCUGUAGAAUAAUCACGCAUGCGCCUCGUCCGAUUAGAGUUAUGUCUCGUCGUGCUCAAAAGGAUGCCGGCGGGGAAUGUCGAACAGGCUGCAAUAUUUCCGACAUACUUGGCGCUCUCUCCUGGCACGCACCGCUUGCUGCUUUGCUCGUUAAUUUAACUAGUUCCAAUCAUCAGCCAACGACCAGUUAAAUAAAUACACGCUGUGUCGUUUUCGGAUCGGGGGACCGAAGCCAGGCGCUAGCUACGCAGCUUAAAUCAACUUUAACUCCUUGGCCCUUCAGCCCUCUCCCAGUUUUUACCACAACAGGAAUAGGCUGCGGGUUUUUAGAUCGGCCGGUAGCCCAUCUCAGACGAAUGAAAACCCUACCAUACGGACAGGCCUGAUGCUGACGACGUUUCUUGGUGGCUUAAAUUAGGCAGCGCAGAUUCUCUGUUUUGUUUUGGAGCUUCUUCUUCCUCGAGCCGUCUUACGUGCGAGUAAGUUAGUUAGUUACCUACCUCAAUCACAGAAAACACAAAAUAAUAAGUCCGAUGUUCAAGUACCCAUGACGUUUCCCCUAGACGCUGAUGUGAGCUUCCAAUUGGCUCAUCCACCUUGACAAGCACAGAUGUCAAAGGCCCAAGUCUUUUGCUGCUAUGCUCAACUUCGGAGAAAUGAGAAUCGAAUUUGAUACCUUGUAUUUGUGGCAGAUGCCCAAGGCCAUGACAGGUCUCAUGUUCCCACCUAUUGCCAUAUUUAGACCAGGGGAGCAAACUGUGCCUUUGAUAUCAAAUAGAUAAAUAUCAUGACUGUCCCUUGAGAUGGGAAGUAUCUUUUCACUACAAACAAUCAUCCUCCAGUCUUUCUCUUUCAUAGUUCGGGAACUUAUUUAUUUUCUCGACAUAUUUUGUUCUUAACCUACAUUUCCUCCCUCUCGAUCAUCAAUCAAUGUCUGCCUCCCUUCUGUCGGCGCUUGUCCGCCGUCAAGACUAUAUGACUGGAGACUCAUGCACUUUCGAGAUAUGUGAUAUUGAAAAUUCAUACUAUGGCUACCGCCCGACACGUUCGGCAAACAUUGCUUUUGCUGUAAUUUUCGGCGUCUCAUUUCUUGCAUAUGUCGUACAAGCCUUCACUUCGAGGCGGUUUCUAGGAUUUUCCAUUGCAAUGGUCCUUGGUACUCUGUGCGAGCUUAUCGGAUACAUCGGUCGGAUAUUGAUGUACGACAAUCCAUGGGCACAGAAUCCAUUUAUGGUCCAAAUCUGCUGCCUGACAAUUGGACCGGCCUUCCUCGCCGCCGGUAUUUAUUUCUGCCUCUCAAGAAUCGUCACAACAUUCGGCCGCGAAAAUUCCCGGAUCCCCGCAGUUUGGUAUCCACGGAUUUUCAUUCCAUGCGACAUCCUCGCGCUGGCGCUUCAAGGCGCUGGAGGAGGGCUUGCUAGCUCCGCCGACCACGGAACUUCUGCGGCAGAUGUCGGUACGAACCUUAUGAUUGCCGGUGUUGUCUGGCAGGUCGUCAUUCUAGGCGUUUUCAUCCUACUCGCUAUGGAUUUCGCUAUCCGAACCGUGCUCCGCAUGCAAUCAAUUGGCGUCGAAGCUCUAGACCCCAAGCAUGCUAUGCUCCGUUCGUCAUUUGCCUUCCGUGGCUUCCUUACUGCCCUCUCGCUGGCUACUCUGUUCAUCUUUACCCGAUGUGUUUAUCGAAUUGCAGAGCUUUCGGGUGGUUGGGAUGGACCGCUGCUCAAAGAUGAACCCCUAUUUAUUGGCCUCGAAGGUGUUAUGGUUGCUCUUGCUGUGUUGGUUCUUAACGCAUUCCAUCCAGGUCGGUGCUUUGGCACAGAAACUACUACUCACGGUGAGGAGCUAAAAGGCCAUAUAUCCCAAGAUGGGGACUCCACUCAAAUGGAACUUAUCGGGAGCAGACGAUAGUAGCAAGUCGAGUACACUCGACUGACCUAAUAAGUCACUCCUAAGGGGGCACAUGGGGUUUAUGUUAGCAACGGUCCAUUUAAUUUUGUUCGGCGUUUGCAUACCAGUCUUUUUUUCUUCUCUUUUUUUCUCUUUUUUCCUUGUUUUAUUUUUUUUCCUUUUUUUCCCCCUUGGGCAUGAUGUCCAUUGCAUAUCUAUCUAUCUCCUUUUGUCGACCUAGCGGGUUUCGAGAUUCCCUAUCAUAUUUCCAAAAAUGUUUAAUUCCUUGUUAAAUUAAUAGAACACCACGAAUGUAAAUAUAAUGAAAACUUUGGUACCUAAUCCUCAUCGGUGGAAGUCUUUGUUGAACACUUAUAAGUGCAUACUCCGUCCUAUUUAAAUAUUUCAUUUUUAGUGAUUCGGUCUAAAAAUACCCUCAUGUUCGUAUGUAAGCCUAGGUUUAUUAUGAAGACCAAUAGAAGAAUAGGUCGUCUGGCAGCCACAAAGAAAACGAGAUAGGAAUUUGUGGCAUUCUGCAGAAGUCAAGUUUCCAUCCAGCUGGAGCGAGUUGUAAAUCGUUCCUCCUCUCCGACAGGAUAUCCCCAGUCCGCCGCAAUUGCAUUCUAUCAACCGCUUUGCUAACAGAUGUCUGUCCCUGGUUUUGGGGUCAGCACCAUGGCUACCCUCACCACAGUAGUGUUGCCUUCUCCGGAGUAUGCAGCGCCGCAUCACCCCCUCAUCACCACCUGAUUGGCAUCGUAUUCCUAGUGCUCGCUGCCAGUGAUGGUGUAUGAGUCCCUUUGGCGCUACGAAAUGCAAGCUCAUAAAGCACGGGCACUCGAUAAAUCCCUUUUACAGGACGCGUCAAUUAUGUUCUCAACAGCGAACCAGACCAUAUCCAUCCUAACCCGCUGAGCAAUAGAGAAAACACCAGCUGUGUAGCUGAAGGAAAGAAAGGAAAAACUUCGUUUUUAGCCCUAUUUUCGUGACGA